UAACUUUAUUGCAGCGGGUGUCUUAUUUCGAAAUGAGCGCAAUUGCAGUAUGGACCAUUUGACUUAUUUACUUCCGUCGGAUAUUAGAUUCACUCAAGAUAAUAUUAAUAGCGUGUUUUUUGGUGGGGAUUCGGUGAACAAGACAAUAGAAAAAAUCUGCUAUGGUAAGAUGCGUGUAGAAGAGCUGCCUCUGAUGACUGUGAUCAAAUUGAACAACAGUUUCUACAGCUAUGACAACAGAAGACUUUAUGUGUUUCGAGUAUUAGAACUUUUAAAUGGAGUUCAGAAAAUUCCGGUAUUCCUGACCACAUAUAUUGAUACAAACAAGUUUACAAGCCAAAACAACGGGGAAUCAAUUGUCGUUCGAAACGAUGUUACUUUUCCACAAGCAAUGCCAAAAGCUCUCCCUGCAGAUAAGGGGCAGAUAAAAGAAAAUAAAGGUGACGCUAAUACUACACAAGAACCAACUGUCAGCGCAAUAGCUACGAAGACGAACGAAAUCUUUUUAAAGGGUCAGAUAUUAUCCCGUAAGCUUAUAAAGGGUUAUGGCUUGAAAAUGUUGGUCUCCUGUUCGGUGAAAAAAUGGAAGAUACGAAAUAAUACGCUGGCAACUUUGUUUGACCCAAUAUGUGUUUACAUGGCUGGUCCUAAUUAUAUCUUAAUGAUGGGCCAUGGUAGAGUUCUAUACAUACGUCGGGUUCAUGCAAACUCUGAGAAAACCUCACAGGUUCAAUUUAAAAUCAUGGAACCGCUAGCUGUCGCAUGUUCUCCACUUAAGUAAAAAAAGUGUGAUUAUAUAUUAAAAAAAAAAAAAUUAUAUAUAUUUGACGCAAGAGUUUUGUUUCUGUUGCGAAAUUGGAAGUUGUGUAGCACCCUUAAUACUAAUAUGUAUCAUUUUAUUAUCGCUCAUUAGCAACGUGUACAUAACUUUAUUUAUCCAAAGUUUAAUUGUUUAUUUAAAUAUGGUGGCGCAUGUUCUAAGUAAGUUGGCCGGGUAUAUUUGUAUGCGUGAAUAAAAUAUCGACUUGGUGUUUUAAGCAAUUAACAACGG